AAUGGCCUGCCCCAUCACCUGACCGCUAUUUGAAUACUGAUGCUCCCUCCGCCGCCACAUUGGUGCGCCUUCCUGUGUUGUUGUGUCUGACAUUGUCUGAGUGGGAACAUCACCACCAGCAGGACAUUUCUGUAACCAGCCCCGACGACCAAAAUGUCUUCACUGCUGAAGCCGUUUUCGGUGUGUGAGGGGCCGUGCGAGAGCUGCGGUGUCAGGAGAGGAUACCCGAGCUCGGCUGCACAUCAGCAGCAGCCUCCAUUCCAGCGCCUGACCGCCGCGGCGGGGCUGGGAUCGCUACCGGCCCACCAGCGGUCGUACGCGGCGAGGAGGAACCUGGCGGCUGCUGCAGUCGGAGGGAGGAAAAUGACGCAUCCCGGGAAGGCUAUCCUUGCAGGUGGCAUCGCAGGCGGGAUCGAGAUCUGUAUCACCUUCCCCACAGAGUAUGUCAAGACCCAGCUGCAGCUAGAUGAGCGAGCCAACCCACCGCGAUACAGAGGGAUCGGCGACUGUGUGAAGUUAACCGUGCAGGAUCAUGGGCUCAGAGGGUUGUAUCGAGGUCUCAGCUCCCUGCUCUAUGGAUCAAUACCCAAGUCUGCAGUGAGGUUUGGCACGUUUGAAAUGCUCAGCAACCCCAUGCGAGAUGCCACAGGUCGUCUAGAUAACACGCGGAGCCUCUUGUGUGGGUUAGGAGCGGGGAUAGCAGAGGCCAUCGUGGUUGUUUGUCCCAUGGAGACGCUCAAGGUUAAGAUGAUCCAUGACCAGUGUUCCCUCAGACCCCGUUACAGAGGCUUCUUUCAUGGCGUUAGUGAGAUUAUCCGAGAGCAGGGUGUGAGGGGGACGUAUCAAGGUCUCACAGCGACGGUGCUGAAACAAGGAACCAAUCAGGCCAUUCGAUUCUAUGUGAUGAACCUGCUGCGCAAUUGGUACAAAGGGGACGAUCCCAGACGAGAGAUGCACCCAAUUGUCACGGCGAUGUUUGGCGCAACGGCCGGAGCUGCCAGUGUUUUUGGAAACACACCCCUGGAUGUGGUGAAGACCAGGAUGCAGGGUUUGGAGGCCCAUCGCUACAAAAACACAAUGGACUGUGCCUUCCAGAUUUUGAAGCACGAAGGGCCGCAGGCGUUCUACAAAGGGACAGUUCCCAGGCUUGGCCGCGUGUGCUUGGACGUGGCCAUAGUCUUUGUCAUUUAUGAGGAGGUGGUCAAACUACUCAACAAUGUGUGGAAGACCCAGUAGAAGGGCCACACGAUGGCAGAGGGACCAGAGGGAAGCACAGACCAGUGCCUCAUGCUACGCACAACUCAACACCUCUAUUCUAGUUCAUUCUCGCUCUCUGCAUCAGCCCGGAGCAGAUGACACCAGUUUCCACUCAUCAGAUAAAUUGAUUUGCAGGCCUUGUCCAAACACAGUGAUAAUAAGUUAGGGAGAGUGGCCAGUUGCAGAAAAACAGCUCAGUUUUGCAUUUCACUGCUUUCUCUCUAGUGGUCAGACUUAGGAAUAAAGAGGGCUCAUUUUAUUUUGAAGGACAGGAAAAGACAAAGUGAAAUGAAGCAGGUGAUGUGUUGUCCUGUGCACCCGGCCAGGCUUGUAGACUCAGUUUCUUGAGUCUUAUUACCAGAAACAUAAGUAUACAGUAUUUAUAGAACACGCACAGACAGGUAUUACUAACCAAAGGUUGAAAUUAGAAAGGGAAUGAAAAGAAAAAAAAACAACUAAAAAACUUGUGUAGGUUAAAAAAAAAAGGAAAAGAUAUGUCUAAUGUUUUAGGUUUCUAUGACUGUUGUUACUGUACAUGUUGUAGAGUGAACACUUUGUACUGAAACCAUAAAUGUGUCUUCUGAUUCACUAAGUACUUACUAUACUGAGGGAAGAAUGGAGAUGCUACUGGACGCAAACAAGCCCGCUGCAGUACUUCAAAAUGUCAGUGCAGUACUUCAACACAUCUCGGUGUUGUAAUUGCUUACUUGACUGUGCUUGUGGCAUCAUCACACUAAAGUAUUCACAGUAUUUCCUGUCUGUGUCCUGGUGAUGACGUUCAGAUACUGCUCAUUGUGCUUUUUAUGGUCCAACGGAGUACGGCUGCGCGAAAAUCUCGAUGCGGCAUCUGUCACACAUGACAGUGGCUCGCAGGCUUGUUGGGGCCACACAAACUGGUCUGGAGUCAGUACCUCUCCUGCCGAAAGUUUUUAACGUGACACACGUAAUUAUUGUAGGACACAAAUCCGUAUGUAGCACAAUCUUCACAUGCAGUCUUAAGAGUAGGAGAUAAGAGUAGGUUUAUUCGUAGGGGUUUUUUGAGCUUCGUUGUUGCCAUUCUCGGAGAAUAACUAGAUUUUUCAACAUCAAGUGAGUUACUGGGAGAAGGUGGUUGAGUUCUUUACAGCUGCGUGCGAAGGCUUUAUUUGAGAAUAUGUGACCAGUAAUGCUUUGUUCACAUCCCCGGUCCAAGGUGACCCGUGUCUUUUCAAACCAGGUGCUGGUGCGCUGCCUGAAAUUUACAAGCGUAUUCACUUCUUCUCACGUCCAACUCCGUAAGCCAUACGACCCCGACGCGCUUGAGCCUCCAGUGGGUUUUUUUCUUGCACGUCCUGAUGCACUCAUCAAGCACACUUUCCCCCUCGUCAGAUAUUAUGUCACUUUAAAUAUUCUUUGUUUACCUCAUGCUAACCUGCACCGUGAGCUCUUCGUGCGCUAACUGAUGAAAUUGUUGAUAAGCCCCGUCUUUGAAGGUGUUCAGUCUCGUCUAACAGUGUUUACAUAUGUUUAACUCCAACAAAGGGAAAGCAGAUGUGUCAGAGGCUCGAUGACAUUGCACAGAGGCCUUUUUACUCCUCUUUGCCAAACUACUUCAGUAGAAUCUCCAGUGUGAAACCCCCUGAUAUCGGCAAAUCUGUAUUACAUUUUAAAUCAGGAGCAGUAGAAUACUGUUUAAUCCUUAUGUCUCUGCCAUUGUGGUUUCAUUAACAAAAGCACAAUCCUACCGUAUGUUUCUGCUUUUCAUCAACAGGCAAACAGCAUGUGCACCUCAUGGUACAGCAUAUCCAAUUUGGAGCAAUCAUUCACAUUUCAGAGGAUCCUCCUCUAAAGCAAAUUGAAGGAUUUAUUUGUGCUGAAGGAAAACUGAAAUAUGUCGGUAUGACAUCAGGAAAAUAAAAAAAUUGUUGAAAAACAUCAGUGCUGGAAAGUAUGAUUUAAAACUCAGAUGUAGAAACAUAUGUAGAAACAUAAUUAGAAAUAACAUGGUUUCACUGGUCUCAAUAAACUUGAACUUAAUAAACCUGA